AUGGGUGAGCUUGCUGCCUUUUGGGGGCUCCUAUACCUUUAAGGCAGAGGAUGGGAGCUGGGAAAGGGAGGGCGGUCCCCCUCCCCCAGCAAGCCCCGCCUCCGAUUUUGCCUUUGAAUUUAUUUCAUCCCAUUGUGUAGCCUGGAGAUCCCAGCCUGGGAAGCAGAGAGAUCUUUGGCUUUGGGAAGGUAGAGGGAAACAGCACGGAUCCUGCUCUCCAACAAGUUUGCAUCAUCUUUCUUUUCUUUGCAAGAAGAAGAAAAGCAUCAGAGCCAGGUUGGAGGGAGAGAAGGUGUGUCUACUUUGGAGGAGAUGGUGGUUAAUUUUUAGCAUUUGUUGAUGGGAGGACCCUGGGGUGGCAGUGUCUGCGUAUAGUAGGCAUCCCACCCACCCCCAUUGCCGUUUGGCCAGGAUUCUGGGGGAUGGGGUGGGGUGGGGGGCAAAUGCAACAGGGCAGAGGUGUGUCUGUGUGAGAGAGGGUUGGGAGGGAUUGUUUUUAGCAUUUGAUUUUAGCAUUUUUAAUAUAUGUUCUUAUUGUUCUGUGUCAACCGCUUGGAAGUUUUGAUGAUUAAAUGGUAUAUACAUCUAAUUGAAUGAAUGAAUAAAAACAAAAGGUCAUUAUGUUAUGAUGUGUGGACUGGCCCUAAGGGGUCAAGAUCUAGUCUUGCAGUAGAACUGGCAUGUUAGAAUCCUGAGGGUGUAGCAUGAACUGUGGAAUGAUUCCUUUUUCUAUCAUCUAUCCAUCCAUCAUCUAUUUUAUUUAUUUAUUUACUUACACUUGGUUGCUACCUUUCUUCCAUGCAGAGCCUCUGCUUUCCAAUUGGUCUCUCAUCCAGGCACUGACCAGACCCCCGACUUGCUUAGCUUCAUCAGAGUAGGGACUGAACCAUUAAAAUGGUUCAUUAAAAGUUAACACAGCAGGAAGAAAGAUUUUUAACUCCCCCUUUUCCCUGUUGAGCUAAUUUUUUACUUGCAGGGAAAUUUUAUUGGUCUGCUUGUUUUCAAAGCCCUCCCUGCAGAGCAUUCCAGAGUGGUUGCCCCCACCUCUUGUCCAACGUGGUACAUGCCAUUCUGCCACCUUAGAACCUGAGCAUCUUGUUCCCCUUUUGCUCUGUGAUAUGUUUCGACCAGGUUGGAUAUUGGCUAAAGAAGGUGGGGAUGUGGUAUUUGGGUGAUGGGCAUGUUUGUGCUUGUGCACAAAGGAAGGCCUUAGAAACUAGGAAUCCAUGAGCGGUGCUUUGAUGCGUAGCCGUGACCUGGAGUUUUGAGCCUUCAAAAAUGUUUCAUGUGGUCCUCAUAAGCUUCUUCCACCAGCCUGCCACAUUGACAGUCAGGGUGAUUAUUGCAGAAUGAUAAAAACGUAACCUCGCUUUUUUAACCUAUUGAGUUUGCUUCUGGGCAGACCAGGAGUUUCAGGAUGGUGCCCCCAGCAGGGAUAACAUAGCACUGUGAAUCAGAAAGCCUUCAGUUCAAACUGCACCUCUACCGUCACACAGUAAGUGGUAAAGUAUCUGCUUUACAUGCAGAAUGUCCAGGUCCAAUCCCUGGCAUCUCCAGGUAGGGCUUGUAGAAUCUCCCCACAUCUGAAACCCCGGAGAGCUGCUGCCUGUCAGUGUGGGCAGUACUGAGCUAGAUGGACAGUGAUCUGACCUAGUCAGUAUAAGACAGCUUUCUCUGUUCCUAUGUAUGUUCCCCUAUGUCCUCUAAUGGUUGUUGGCAUCCGCCUGUCUCGAGAGGCAAUAGAGUGCCUUCAGGAGGUGAAAUCAAAUCACUGCAUUAGCAAGUGACCUCCCUGGGUUGGAAGCCUGGGCAGUGUGGGUGUGGAGGUCCUGGGCCUCCCAGACGGCUCUUGGCCUUGCUGAUCUAGUCCAAACAGAAGCCGUGUGCCAUGGAUAUUGGCCUGUUCCAUGUUCCCUAGGCUUGGCAGAAGAUCAGGAAGAAGACCUUCCUCCAUCGUGUGACUCUUCAAAGGAGCAGAACAGAGUGUCAGCGAGGGGGUGGGUCAGACAUAGCUCAGGGCAGAAGGUUGCAGGUUCAAUCCCUGGCAUCUUCAGACAGGACUAGGAGAGACUUGCUGAAACCCUGGAGAGCUGCUGCAUGUCAGUGUAGACCGUACUGAGCUAAAUGGAUCAAAGGUCUGACCCUCUCCCCACCUCACCAAUGCUCAUAAAUGGCCUAAGAAAAAGGCAUAGGAAUAUGCCUUAUGCCAGGCCAGACUGUUUGGCCAACUGGCCCAGAACUGCUUGCUCUAUCUGGCAGCAUUUCUCCAGGGCCCUGGGCAGGGGUCUUUCCUGUCACCUGUGAUCCUUUUAACCUAAACCUUCUGCAUGUAAGCAUAUCCUGUUCUACUGAUCAGUGGUCCCUAUUAGAUCUCUUAGCCUCAAUUCCCACAUUUGUCAAUAUUAUUAUUAAUUUCUUACCUGCCUUUCACCACGAGGUUGCAGAGUGAGUUGCAGCAACUGAAGAAUACAGUAUUAAACUCGGUUAAAACUAUUUACAUAUAUGGAAAUAAUAAUGCUGACUUACCUUACAGGGUUAUUGUAAGGAUACACGAAGACUCUUGAACACGCAGUGCUGAGCCCCAGGAGAUAGUUUAAUAUGGCAACCUUUCUAGUGCUAAGUAGUUCUUGGUUGGGUUGGAACGUCAGUUGGGAACGUCAUCUCUGCCACCUUGAUCUUUGUGGAAGGAAGGAAGGCUGUAAUUAACAAAACAGAGUCAAUGUUUGGAUUUCUGCCUUAACCAGCUGCUCCGAUAGAAAUGAAAUGGUGACACUUAGAGAGUUUUGAGGAUGGAAUGGCUCAGGUGGGCUUCAUUCGCUGAAGCCGGUACUGUCCUCCAGGUUGAGGCUCCCCAGGGUUAAUGUGUCCAGUUUGUACACCCAGAAGUUUGGCAUAGUUUGGCAUUUAUGUAGCCAUUACUGGUGAACCUGUGGUUCAGAACUGACAUGCUGAGUGACUGGUUUGAACUGUUUUGGCAACUUUAGUGACAUGCUGAGUGACUGGUUUGAACUGUUUUGGCAACUUUAGUGUUUUAACAACCCAAAUCCUAAAAAAGAACCUAGAGCAAGCUUGCAUGAAGUGCUGCAUAAUGCUUGUAUAACUAUAUAGUAAUCCAUGUUAAGAGAUUGUGAACACUGUCCUAGGGCUGGUAAUUGAUUUGUAAUCCUUGCAUUCCAAAUCUACUGUAUAUAGUCCUCUCUCCAAAGAGUUCAUGGUGGCAUACAUUGACCUUCCUUUUCUCUCUCUUUAUGGCAACCCUGUGAGGUAGGAACAUAGGAGGCUGCCUUAAUGCCAGCUCAGGCUAUUGGCCUAUGAAGCUCAGUAUUGUCUCUGCUGGCUGGCAGCUGCUCUUCGGGGUUUCAGAGAGAAUGCUCCCAGCCCUACCUGAAGAUCCCAGGGGUUGAACCUGGGACCUUCUGCAUAGAAAACACAACACUCUACCACUGAACGACAUACAGCCCUUUAAAUGGGAAGGUGAGCUUUGCAAGAGUGAGGACCUGAAUUCUGGUUUGCCUGCUCUCUGACCACUACACUACACUAUACCACACUGGCACGCUCAUCUGUUUCUUCCCAUUUUGCUCUUGUGGAGGAACGUUACUAGGCAGAUUUUAUUCUCUCUAAGCAAACUGUGCAGUGUUCUAAUAAUGACCUCUUUCCUUCAUCACCAGCCAGGAUCAUUCGCAAUUGGAGUUGUGUUGGAAAUGACCCCUCGGGAUUCUCCCAGUGCCAUCCUGGGCGCUUGGGAGCUCCUCUUCCUCCUUGUUGCCCCUCUCUCCGGCCAGCUGUGCCCAGUCCCUUGCGAGUGCUCAGAACCGGCCCGCACCGUGAAGUGUGUCCAGAAAGAGCUGACUUCCAUCCCAGCUGGCAUUCCUGGAUAUACCCGCAACCUCUUCAUAACCGGCAACCAGAUCGCCCACAUCGGCAGCCAGGAUUUCAAGGGGCUGCCAAAUUUGGUCACGCUCUCUCUGGCCAGCAAUAGGUAAAGCUCGCUAGAAGCUGGGGAGCAGUGCUCAAAAGAAAGUGGAACCAGAGGAGGGGACACACACACACACACACAGGAACGUAAGAAGCUACCAUAUACCAAAUCAGAACAUAGGCCCAUUUUGUCUGCACUGACUGGCAGCUCUCCAGGGUUUCAGAUAGGGUUCUCUCCCAGCUCUAUCAGGAGAUACCGGGCAUAGAGAACUAGGAACUUCUGCAUGCAAAGCAGAUGCUCAACUGCUGAACUUCCCCUACCCACUUUUUUUAGAAGGCAAUGGAGUUCAUACUGUGUUUGAAAUUAAGGAACUCAACAAAGGAAAUGAAAUAGGCCUAGGGAGGAGUGUGGCCUAGGGAUAGUUUGGAAGGCCACACAGAGAGUUGCCUAGUGUGGGUGGCAUUUAGUGCUCAAGCCUGAGCUCUUCCACCAUGUUUAUGGUAAUUUGAAGCAGUCAUGGCUUCCCUCAAAGAAUCCUGGGGGAAGUAGUUUGUUGAGGAUGUGGAGCAGCGGUUCUCAACCUGUGGGUCCCCAGAUGUUGUUGGACUACAACUCCCAUCAUCCCUGAGCUCUGGCCUUGCUAGCUAGGGGUGAUGGGAGUUGUAGUUCAACAACAUCUGGGGACCCACAGGUUGAGAAAGGCUGAGUGGAGAGUUGUUACAAUGCUCCAUCUCCCCUCACGGAGCUGCAAUUCCCAGAGUGGCUUAUGAAAUCAAUCCCUCUUCCCAAGGAACUCUGGGAAAUUUAGCUCUGUGAGCUGUAAAUGUUUAUAAUGUACAAAGCAGGUGGGACCACUGAGAACUUUUAAUACAAAUAUAUAAAUAUGUAGAUGUCGUCUCAGAAAAGGUAUUCUCCCUUCUGUCACAACAGCUUCUUCCACAAUAGCACCUUGUGUACACACACACCCCACCUAAAAAUAAAGUAUGGCUUUUGAUUUACAACUAUUGCUUCUGUUCUUAUUCAAAUGUUAUGCCCAUAUAUCCCCUGACCAGGGGUGUGCCCCAUUGAAGUCACUGGGGCUUACUUCUGAGUAGACUUAUAUAAGAUUGCACUGCUGAUUUUGAAUAGACAAGUAUCGUGAGAAGUUUCUCUUCUUCUUUCUUAAUACUAGAACCCGGGGUCAUCCAGUGAAGCUGAAUGUCAGGAGAUUCAGGACAGGAAAAAUAGAGUAUCUGUUGCAGUCUUCUGUAGCAUUCACCCGGAGUCAGUGUUCCCUGGUCCGUGCUUACAUGUCCUGCCACCUUUGCUGUGGAGAUAACAGGCAUUACCAUGGCAACAGGCUUGUCGGAGACUGCAAUUAAAGCUCUAGACUGAUGCUCUGGUGCCCUGCCUCCUUUUCAUUGGUGGCAGGGAGUAUAAGGGGCAACCAAACUCACUGACUUCUGAGGUCUUUGUAUCAGAGGCAUGAGGCCUCUGCAACCAUCCAGGAGGCUGGCUGGGAUAGCUGCAGUGCCUGCCAAAAGCUUAGGUUUGAGUGCAAAGGGGCCAUGGAAAUGAGCCUUUUAAAAAGGAUAACAGGCUCUUCCAUAGGACUCUCCUGUGGAACUGGGAACCAACAGCUCUCAGGAACAUUAUUAUUAUUUUUCAAUUUAUAUCCUACUCUUCCUCCCAAAGAAGCCCAGGCAGCAAACACAUUACUAAUAAAAACAUUUUCAAAAGCACUCUAAAAACAGUUUAAAAGCAUUCUCUCAACCAGUGAUUUCAAGGUUGCCAGAAACUGGACCUUCCAGUUUUUAACCUGCUGAAAGGCAAUUAACGUAGGAGACAGAUGCACUGCACCAGGGAGGGCAUUCUGUAUUGGGGAAAAGGCCCUGUCAUGUGCCAGGCAGCUCCACCACCAAUAAGGCCUCACCUCCUGAUUGUAGGAUCUGCGAUGACUGACACUGGGGAAGGUGCUCUUUUAGGCACAUUGGUCCCCACAACCAGAUAUAUCCUUCUGAAAUUAAAUAAUAUUAUUUUUUUUAUUUUUACAUCUAAUUCCACCUCUAAAAAGAGCAAUCAAACUUCAUUAUUGAAUAAACAGCAAGGUUAUUUAUUUGCCACUUAAUGCCAAAAUAGGGUUAUAACUGGUAUAGAAGUAUAAAAACCAAACACAAGCAAUGAAGUAGAAACAUCCAUCAUCGAAGUAAAGGAAUUAAAGCACACAGUAAAGUGAUCCUGUUAAAACAUCUAUCAUUAAAAUAUGCUCUAAAACAAUCCCAUUAAAACAAGGACUUGGGCCAAGAAAUAAAGGGAAGGCCCAUCUGCUCAAUCUACGUUCCUGUUGAUCCACUUUUCUACAUGCAAUGAGUUUUUAAUGUGACAGAUCACUAAUAUAUGAUACCGUCUUCACUUUGCUGUAUAAGGUGAUGCAGCCCGCAAUUCUCACUUCGCUUUGAAAUGAGGCACAGCGAAAUAUCUCAACCAAAACUUUUCCAAAGUGAAUUAUUUUAAAUUAUUUUUGGCAGUUGAAUCACAUCCAGCUCCCCAGCUCUGGAAAGCUAGGAAUACCCACCCAAGAUCUCAUCAGAAGUCAGAUGGUUCUGUGAGAUCUUGCGAGAACAUCCCAGAACUGGUGCACCAAUUAAUAAUAAUAAUAAUAAUAAUAAUAAUAAUAAUAAUAAUAAGUUAGUUAGUUAUAUGCCACCCAUCUGACUGGGUUGCCCCAGCCACUCUAGACAGCUUCCAGUAAAUUAAGCACAUUGACCACAGGAAAACAUUAAAAACUUCCCUAUACAGGGCUACCUUGCUUGCCCCCCCCCCCAAGGUAGAGAGCUUAGAAGCUCGUUUUACACCGAUCCUCAGAGUGUUAUCAUUGAGACAUUACAGAAUGAUUUAGGUUUGGUCUUCUCUCUCUCUCUCCAGGAUUAACACCAUAGAGUCACAGGCCUUCUCUACUCUCCAAAGCCUGCGUUACUUGGACCUGAGUCAUAAUCUUUUGGCUGCCAUCCACCCCAAUGCUUUCAACGCCAGGAACAACUCCAUCCGAGAGCUGAACCUCAGCCACUCGCUAUGCAACUCCUCCGCCAUCCGCCCUGUGGCGAAUGCCCUGGCCCAGGGGGGCUUCCAGAACCUCUCCAGGCUGGAACUCCCCAGCAAUGAAAUUGUCUACUUGCCAGGUGGCAUGUUCUCCACGCUCUCCAAGCUUGAGCAUUUAGACUUGAGGAAUAAUUCCUUGGUGGACAUCAAGAACUCCACCUUUGUUGGCCUUGAUCUUAAGUACCUUGAUUUGACCUCGAAUUCCUUCAAGACCCUGAGGAGAGAAGCGUUGUCUGCCCUCAGGAGGCAAUCGCACCUCCGCCUCUUCCUGAAGGACAACCCCUUUGUAUGCAACUGCGACAUAGAAGACCUGGUGAACUGGCUGAACCAGAGCCGGCUGGUGGUGGAUGUGGAGAAGUUAGCUUGUGCCUUCCCACAGGAACUGAAAAAUGCCUCCCUGGUGGAAUUGGCUGGGGCAGAUCUGGUGUGCCACACCAGCCAGCAUGGCGAAAAUGUUCUUCAGACAUCCUACGCGGCUUUAGGUGCAGUCCUAGGAGUCAUCGGUGUCAUCUUCCUCUUUGUGCUUUACUUGAACCGUAAGGGUAUCAAGACAUGGAUGAACAGCAUGAGGGAUACCUGCCAAAGUCUGAUAGAGGAGUAUCAGUAUCGCUAUGAAAUAGACUCCGAUCGCCACAUCACGCAGGUUUCGGCACUGGAUGUAUAA